AUGGCGGAGGCGGCGCAGGGCCGGGUGCAGGAGGCGGUGGAGAGCAUGGUGCAGGGGCUGGAGCGGGAGCGCAUCCGCGGCAUGCAGGGUGCCAUGUUCCGCUGCAGCGCGCAGUGCUGCGAGAACAGCACGGCCUCCAUGCAGCAGGUGCAGCAGUGCAUUGAGCGGUGCCACGCGCCCCUAGCACAAGCACAAGCCAUCGUCACCGGCGAGCUGGAGCACUUCCAGGACCGGCUGAGCCGCUGCUCGCUGCACUGCAAGGACAAGGCGCGGGACGCGCUGGAGGCGGGCGGCGGCGAGGCGCGCGUGCGGGCGCAGCUCGACGCCUGCGUGGCCGCGUGCGGCGACGAGCACCUGCGCCUGCUGCCCGCGCUGGCCCGCAAGAUGAAGGAGAGCCUGGCYGCCCUGCAGCAGUAG